UACCAAAUGUGUUGUUUAGGAUCGAGUUCUUAUCACUAUCAGUAAUGUAUUCGCUUUCGUCGGCUUCGCAUUAAAAUGUUUUCGAAAGUUGUGCAAUAUGAGAUAAAAAUUAAAAAAGUGUUGAGUGGGGUUUUUGAGGGAAAGUGCGCGUCGGUACAAACACUAACACAUUAUUUUCGGCAACUGGACGAAAGAAAAACAGAUUCUGGCUUUAUAACGCUUCCACUGUUUUCUGAAUGGAUCACACAAGCCGUCCUAACGUGGAACACCAACUCUGUUACUCCACCUACAGACGUUUCUUUGUUCACACUAAACUUGGCAAUUUUAUUGGCAAAGAAAGAAUUUUUGUUUGGCGAUUUGAACUCUGUUUUUAUCGAGUUGAUUACGAUUUUCAAACAACCCGAUGUGGAGCCGUCUGUUAAAUUAGCCUACGUCAAGCUAUUAUCUUCGUUUCUUGAACACAAGCCGGGCUUAGAAUUCAUAAUUAAAAACGAUUUUUGCGAAGAAAUUCUUCGUAUGUGUUUAUCAGAUGAAUCGACCAAAGUUCGUGAGGAAAGUACCAAACUGGUGUCAAUAGUUUUGGAAAAAACGCUAGAUCGUGAUGAUUUUUUUUGUGAAAUUGUCAAGCGGGUUCUAUCGCCCCUCAAAGUAAAUAUUUACGAUUGCCUCAAAGACUCCAAUGGUGAAGUUCUCGAACCUUCACUGAAACUUCUCGCUGGGAUUUUAGAACAUAUUCUUGUCCGUGUUGUAAACGAUGGGAAUAAUAUUCGAAUAGCUUUGCGUUUUCUGGAAUGUCUGCGCCUCGAGGAACUGAUCGAUGAUUUAACGUUGCUAUCGCAAGCAUUUUAUCGCAGCAUUUCUUUAGUAAAAGUUACUUUCAUGAUUCAGUUUUUGGAAUUGUAUCUCCGAGUUCGUAACAAGAGUGUCACUUGCGACGUUAUCAAAUCGUCUGUUUAUACAAUGAUCGAAAAUUUUGCGGCUUGUUGUAGCAAAGGAAAUUUUGGCGAUAUUAUGGAAUUGGCAUCGUUUGGAUACCCGUACUGGUCUCUAGUUGAGUCAAAAAUCGGGAUCAGUAACAACCAAAAUUAUUACAGUUUCCCGGACCAUGUCUUGUGUUUAUUGCUAGUGCCUUGCGCGUCCCUUCUUUUGAAAAAUUUUAUGUCGUUCGAACAGUGGGAAACAACUAACGUUGCUGACGAUUUCCGCGAUGUUACAUUUUACAAUUUUUUCAAAAGUCUAGACCCCAACCUUCUCCGUAUUGGAUACACCUGGCGAAACAGCCUAGUUUUCGACCCAAACUUGACCAAAAUUUGUAUCGAGUCUGUCAUACGUACAAAAAAAUUAAAAUCGCUUUUUACGAAAACCAGUGCUAUAAUCGUGUUUCAAUUACACGUUUAUAUUUUUCAAGAUAUCGUCUCGACCAUUAAAGCGAAUCCUGAAAAACUUGAAUCCUUGCGUCAUGAAACGUAUUUCGUUGAAGUUUUAGCUCUUGUUGCUGAUUUAACUGAACAGUUUCACAUAACGUGGCGGGAUGAUAGCGAAGUGUUGAGUUUGGUUUCUCUAGCCUUUGAUUUUUUGAAUUUGCACAGAUGGCCCACAGGCGAGGUUGUCCAAGCUCUUAGACUAAUUAACAUAGCUAUCAAAAACUACAUGUCGUCAAAAAUGUUGUUACUGGUCGAUUUAGGCUCAGAUUCGGCUGUAAGUCACUUAGGGCCUCUGCUAUCUGAAUUACUUAGUGGGAAGGAUGUCAAGGGUGCCGCACUUGAAGUGACUCACACAAUGGCGAACAUGUCUGCUAAACUCGAAUCAACGCCAGUAACACUUUCUGCUCAAUGGCUCAAGCAGGCCGUAAUUACGUGGAAUAGCAGGAAUGUGGUACCGGAGACGAGCGUUGCGUUGUUCACUUUGAAUUUGGCGAGUUUGCUGUCGCGAAAAGAGAAAGUGUUUUGCGAUUUGAACAACAAUAAUUUCUACAUCAAACUUAUUAAUGUUCUAAAAGCGAGACACCGGAAUGUGGCGCCAUCUGUUAAACUAGCUUACAUCGGGUUACUGUCCUCGUUUUUGGAACACAAAUCGGGGGUCGAAUUUAUGGUAGUUUGCAAUUUUUGGGAAGAUGUUCUUAAAACCAGUUUGGCAAAUUUAUCGGGCGAACUGUGCGACAAAAGCAUUGAGUUCGUGGCAGUUUUUUUGGAAAAAACCAUCGAUCACGAUGAGAUUUUUUGUAAUGGUGUUCUCAAGCGAAUUGUUUCCGGGUUGGGCCUUAAUAUUUACAAAUGUCACAAGAAUCUAAACGAAGCUUCGGCACGUUUUCUCCAACCUUCAUUAAAGCUCAUUACCGGUAUUUUGGACUUUGUUUUUGCGCGUGUUUUGACGGAACAGAAAGAUUUCCGAAUUGCUUUCCUCUUCUUGGAUAAUCUCCGUCUGGAGGAACUGAUCGCUGAUUUAAUUUCAUUAUCACAGUCGUCUCCAAAUAUCUAUUUAAUCAAAAUUAUUUUCGUGGUCCAGUUUCUCGAAUUGUACCUUCGGGUUCUUGGCAAGAGUGUCACUUGCGAUGUUGUUAAAUCGUCCAUUUCCACAAUGAAGCAGAAUUUUUCGAAAUGUGUUCACAAAGGGAGUUACAAAGACAUAAUGGAACUGUCCACUUUUGGGUAUCUUUACUGGACAAUAGUCGAGUCAAAAAUAGGCAUGGAUAAUAAUCAGAAUCAUUACGGGUUCUCUGACCACGUCUUAUGUUUCCUACUAAUGCCGUACAGUUCCCUUCUUUUGAAACACUUCUUAUCGUUCGAGGAAUGGGAGUCAAAAAAUUUCGCUGACGAUUGCCGGGGAUUGGCAGUUUACGAAUUUUUCAAAAGUCUGGACCCUGAUUUUAUUCGCAUUGGCUACACUUGGCGCAACAAUCUCCUGAUCGACCCAGACUUGGUCAAAUUUUGUGGGGAGUCCCUAACUCAUCUAAAAAAAAUUAAACCGAUGUUUUCCAAAACGAGUGCGACUCUCGUAUUCAAGUUGCACAUUUACACGUUCCUGGAUAUAGUCUCGACCGUUAAAGAAAAACCCGAAAAACUUGGACUUUUGCGUGACAAUAAUUAUUUUGCCGAAAUUUUGGACCUUCUUGCCGAUUUGAUCGAAACUUUUCGUAUAACCUGGCAAGAUGAUAUUGAGGCAGUUAAUGUGAUUGCCCUUGCGUUUGAUUUCGUGAUGUUGCACAGAUGGCCCACAGACGAGGUUGUCCAAGCUCUUAGAUUAAUUAACGUGGCUAUCAAAAACUACAUGUCCCCAAAUAUGUUAUUGUUGGUCGAUAUAAGCACAGACUCGGCGGUUGAUUUGCUGGGUCCGCUUCUAUCAUCCAAGUUACUUGGAGUAAAAAGCGUCAAAAUUGCCGCUCUUGAUGUGAUCCACACCAUGGCACUUAUGGCUGGUUGUAAAUUUCCGUCCUUACAAAAAGUAUUAAUGGAUUCAGAGUUGCCCACUUUGGUGGUGAAGAUGUCAACGUGUGAUAGCGAGAGCUUCGUCCGAGCGACCGCGAUCAAGUGCCUCCAGGAGAUGAUUCAAGUGGAGGAGAUCUGGAACAACGCCUUGAAAUCGGAGGAUUUGCCGCAAAAAAUGCGGGACGUUCUCUUGAACGAAACCGAGGGGAUUGUCCGUGUGGAGGCGGCCACGUUCAUGUGUGUCGCUUACGAGAACCAGCAGUUCCCCAAGGACACUCUGGACCGGGUCUACGAGACCAUGAUCUACGCCUCCACGACGGACCUCCACUGGGAGGUCAAGGUCCGCGCGUUGGACUUCUGGGACAAGGUGAUCAAAAACCACCUCCAGAACCAGGGAAUGAUCGACGGGAGUUUCCCCAACGUGACGUUCUCGAAGGAACACCGCAAGAUCGUGACCCUGACCGACUCCGAGAUCAGGAAGCGCCUGCUGAAGGUCCUGAGCCAGCUGAGCUCGAUCGGGUGCUUGGGGGUGCUCAUGUCGGCCAUUAAGGAUGACUGUGAUAUGGAGGUGUCAAAGACUGCAGCUAAGAUAACGCAACGUUUGGUGGAGUUGUUCAAGAAGUACAAUGUACGGAGUGACGGGAGCACGCCGACGUCGCCCCUGCCGACGGAGAACGGCAUGUCCACGGCGUCGGUCUCGUCGGGGAUUUCCGUGGACGAGUCGAUGGACUCGCCGUCGAACCACCACGAGCUGAACGAGGACAUCAUCGACCAGAUCGUCAACUCCAAGGACGUGUGUCUGUUGAGGAACGUCUACGCGCCGAGCGAGUACAGCUCGGUCAGCAAUUACGACAUCCAGGUGCGGAGGGUGGUCACGCCGAACGAGUUUCUUCAGUUCACGCAGCAGGAUCUUAACACGAUCAUUAGCGAGAAGAAGAACUGGUUGAACGGAAUCGAAGAUCUCGGCUCGCUUUUGGAUGACAUGCUGAAGACUUACGAGGACGAUGUCAACAAUAUGGAUUGUUACUAGGUUUAAGAACGCACUCCGGUGGAGAUUGAUUAAACAUUCCGCGCGCGAUUUCAAAGGACGCCAAACGUGAAAGCUGAUUGUCAUGGAGUGCCAUUUAUCAAGUUUUUAUCAGAUAGUCAUAUGUAACUUGAAAUGUAAUUAAGCUUUUCUUUUUUAUUCUAAUUAUCUAUUAUAUAGAUAAAUGUUGAAGUGUGUAAGUAAUUUGUUAGAUGUUUUUAUUGAAUACCUGUUACUUUUAUAAUAAAAUGAAAGUUUAAUCGA